AUGAGCGUGGAUGAAUAUCCACGAACAAGGUUGUCAUUCACCCCUCUAACAACACAAUCCACCCCAAUUCGUAUCCAUACACGCGGGUUUGCCGAGUCAGGUUUUGACACUGUGCCCACUCCGACAUUCAGGGUUUCAUCUACGCAACCUCUUGCGUCAGAUUCAGAUGGAGUGACCACUGUUGGUCCUGCUCAAACUAGCAGUAAGAGUGGCAGUAAAAAUAGUAGUAACGGAGGAAGCGCAAUUAAUGUUUCUACAGAGACUAGCAGAGUUCCUGCUUCAAAUUCAGGUGCUGCCAAUAAUUCAUCAACCAUUAAUUCAUCUCAACUAGAGCCUAGUCGAACUAGUAAUAUCAUCCAACCUUCUGCUUCCUCUAAUAUCCCCCUUUUUACAAAUAAUCCUAAACCAGAUUCUGUUUCUACCACCUAUUCAGGCUCUACUCUUAUCCCAUUCACAAGCCAGCCAGCCACUGCAGAUGCUUUGCCAGGAUCUUCAGACCAGAACCAGACAAAUGACCCAAAAUCUCUCACUGAAUCUAUCUUUUCACAAUCACUUGAAUCGCUGACCAAUAUGGCAGGUAUUCCUUCAACCCUCACUGCAUCUGGAGUUCUUGGAACCGCAUCUCCUACUGUAUUAAUUGUUAAUGCUGGAGGAUCAAAACCUAAUGUGUUGCCGCAAGGUAUGAUUGCCGCGAUCGCUAUUGCUGGGUUUGCUAUACUUGCAGCCGUGUGCAUGGUUGUUGUUCGGUCGUUAUAUAAAAAACCUCCCGUUGAAGGCGCUACUGCUGCUGUUGCUGGAGAUUCUUUUGGUGGUGAUGGUACUGCAACAAUGGCUGCAAUCGAUGCGACUCAUGACGAUGGUGCUAAUGGUACUGGAGAUGCAAUGGCGUCUACAUCAUCUAGAUCGGCUGCUGCUGCCAACGCACCUUUUGAAUUUAAAAAUGUUGGGUCUAAUUCUGCUGUACCAACUGCUGCUGCAGGUAUAUUUGCUGCUGUGGCUGCGCUGGGGAAAAAGAAACGUCGUGCUCCAGAAGAUACCACGUCUGAUCUUCAACCACGCUAUCGUGUUAAUUCAAAGGCAGCCGGCACUUCUGCAGCCUCAUUCAAUUCAAAUUAUCCCGUUGCAGUCUUGCUAAGGAAUGAGAGUGAAUGGGAGAAUCCAAUUCAAUCCCCAUACAGCGAUUGGAGAACUUCUAUAGAUAGUACUAUGGGACCAACCAUUGAGCCGUUACGGUUUUCAAUGAGCGACUAUUUUCGUAACUCGAUUGUGGAAGAAAUGCCACUUGGUAAUGCAGAUAUUAAAACUGAUACAAGUCUUUCACUCAGUCGGACAGCUGCACGUACAGUUGAAGUGUCCGAGGUAACAUCUACUGUCUCGUCAGUGUCUGCUGCUAUUCAUCCGUGUAAUGGGUCUUCUGAUGGUCGACCAUCUGGUGAAGGAUCAGGCUCGUUUAAUGCCAGCGUGCUUUCAAACCAGCCUCUAUGUCGAGUGUCCUCAAGCAAUGCAAGUGAAUCCAGUACAACACACAAUGCAGCUAUUCGAAAUGUAUCUAAAGCACCAAACCAGAGUCAUCAAGUCUUUGAAAAUGCUGAUACAAUGUCUUGUGUAAAUUCUGUUGCUUCAAACGUCCAAUCACAACACUUUUAUUCACUACCCGAUGAAUCUGCUGAACAUUAUCCACAUAAAGCGGUUCUUUCGCGCUCUAGAUCUUCAAAUAUGCUUGGUGUGUCAGCCAAUCAACUGACUCAAGCUGACUCUGUGGGCACCACUCGACCAAUGUUUUUACGUAGCACCUCUGCUGCUUCUUUGAAUCAAGCAUCUUUACCUCGUAUGAAAUCGGUAGGGUCCAUUCAGUCAGUUGAUCCAGUUAUUUAUUCAGAUGCUAGUCUAGCCGGAAAAUCAUCUUCCAUGCAAAAAAUAUCUCCAUUUUUUUUAAAAAGAGAAUGGUCUGUUUCAUCCAUUAACCGUGAAGAACAGAGUAUACCUUCCGAUUCAGUGUCAUUUCCUGGUACGUUUCAGCGAAAUCCCUCGUCAUCAUCAUUUUCCCAAGAUCCACCCGGUCUCUUGCGUGCAGAUGCGUCUACAACUUCGCUAAACAUAGAACCCAUACAUGAUUUGGAUACUACGUCAACAUUGAAUAUUAAAAUGUCUUCUAUAGCUGAGCCAUCGACAACUACUAUUAAUAUUCCCAAAACUCCUAUUGAUGGCGACAAGGAUACUUUGCCAACUCUGAUGGAUCGUUCGUCGGUUGUGGCAAUCCCAUUGCAGAGGAAUUCAGAUCAACAUGACAGUGAAUAUCAUCAGAAACAAAAUGAUCCAUUUCAAGUGAACAACCACUCUUCCUUUUUGACUCCACAUGGAAAAACCCCAUCUACUUUUGAUCCACAUAUGAGUAUUUAUUCUACUAUCGUGCUACCUCAAGAAGUAUCACCUAAUAUUGUUUCUGCAUACGGCUCUACUAAUGAUGUUGAUUCCAAGAAUGCACAGGAUGAAGAAUGGGGGGAAAAGAUUCAAGAUGAUCACGACCAUGACGAUUUUAUGGCAACACCACAAGGUGAAUUACCAGAUGAAACUGUAAAACACACACGAUCGUUGUCUCAAUCAUCAUAUCAAUCUAAGCCAACUAUCGGCACAAAUGUUGAUGGCAUGUUUCCAGUUGAACGACAUGAAUCAGAGACAACUUUGAAGGAAUAUAUGGCUACUAGUGCAUCAGGCUUAUACCCUACUCAAGAUGCUGUGCACGAUCAGCUUCCAAUCACUGCAUUGGAUUCAGUAUCACCUACUUACUCGGAUGAUACAGUCACGCUACCAGACUCGCUUCAACAUAAGAUGUCAUUGAGUUCUGCUGCCAACUUGGUGUCUGUAAAGUCUACAUCAAAAAUAGAGCAACCGAUCAGUCAGUCCAAAUUGACCGCGAUUUCGUCUCGACCUAUUCAAAGCAGUGGUCUUGGUCGCACUUUUGUUUUGGUCGGGGACUCGAUGAGUAGCAAGGACACUGUAAACUACCAUGAUGCUGAUUCAGCUGUGGAGCAAUACGCUCCAGAAAUCACUGUCAAGCAUCAUCAAAUAUUUGAACAGGUUGUGGAUCAACAAAACUCCAAAUCGGGAACAGCCGAUUCAUUGCCGUUAUCGGUUGGUAAGCUUCAUAACACGAUAAUGGCUAUGCAUGCUGUUGACUCAUCUAGCACUAUUACUCCUGACGAUCAUGCUGCUGCAAAUGCUUCUGGAUCUGAUAUUGGUGGAGGAAACAAUGGUGCAUCCAAACCUUUAGCUCCUACUUUAAAUCAGCCUAGACAUGUUGAAGCCUCGACUGCAUCUAUAGUUGGAGUUUCAGAUCAACUUCAAACCAAAGCUAAUCCUACAGAAUAUGCUGCUGUAUCUCAUACACUUGAUACAUCCAUUGAAUCAACUCAGACCUCUGAUCAAGCAUCGCACCAAAAACUUUCCAAAUCGCCAGUGAGGCCUAUACCUCUUUCACGCUCAUCCACUCAUAACACUGAUGGGUUUACUACAUCUAUAUAUGAUCUGGCAAUGACCACCAGUCGCCACAAUAUACUUGAUUUUGACAUGUCUAAGCCAUUGACGUUUACUGACCCUUUGAAUUUCGAGGAUGAGUAUGACACCAUGUACCGUCCGGUUUCAACAUGGGAUGCUCAAUCUGAAAGCGAAUUUUAUCCACAAUCACAUAUGGACUCUUCGUCGUCAAUUGGCUCGUAUGGAUCAAAGCUUGGAUCCUCGAGUGCAUUAAUGUCACAUUCUGAAUACUCGUCACAAUCUACACAGCGACCGUUGAGUAUUAUCUCGCGUGGUCGUGGAGGAUCCCAGAGAAGCCAUGCUCAUCCAUUCAACAGUCUUGGCAGUACUCGAACUGCUGACACACAGUAUUAUACGGCGCCUGAAUCGUUUGGGACACCUAUGAGUUAUAUGGAUGGAAUAAGUUUAAAUCGUGGUGAUGAUUUGGGACCAUCACAGAGUGUUUUCUUUACUCCUGGUACACAAACGCAAACACAAGAUAUGUUCAUGUCUGACGCAAGUUUCUUUACUGCUGGGGAUCGUACUCAAGCGUCGAUCUCUGGUGGCGGUAUGGGUGAUGGUGCUUUACAGACACGCAAUCCUUCUAAUGGCAUAAAUGGUACAGAGAAUGGAGAUCAUCGACCAGAAAGCGGAGACUUUGGUGAUUUUAGACUUAGUCAGGUAUCAAGUUAUCAAACAGCUGGAUCAUCUGGUCGUGGCGUGCUUAGGGGCUCAGAAGACUCGCAUGGUUUUGAAAAUACACCCUGAUCGUAGAGUCGUGCGCUUUUUCAGCCGUAUCUACAUGAAAUGGAGCAUCUUUCUGUAUUUAUUUUGCAGUGAUUGUCUUGGAAUAAACAAUAAUUUAAGU